UCUCCCUCUGCUGAUGGGUCCUUUCUUUUCAUCUUCUCCAUUUGCCGCAAAAACCUCCCUUUCUCUCUUUUCACUACCCACAAUCCUCAUUCCCUAGUUCGCUACUUCUUGGGGGGUUUUGUAGAGGUUUUCUCCUACUCAUUUCAUUCGACUAUCCGAUUUCUUUACAAAAGAAAGAUAGCAAGAAUAGACUGAGGGACUAAAAGAAGGAGAUGGGUUCUUUACAAGAUGUGUCAAGGAAAGGAAAUAGACGAAAAGACGAGGGAGAAGAGGUAGAGGGAGAGCCAAUAUUGAAGCAGCAAAACCAGAGGUUUUGCAUGUUUCCCAUUAAGUAUCCGCCCCUUUAGUAGAUGUACAAGAAGGCUGAAGCCAGUUUCUGGACCGGUAAUUCCUUUUCUUUUGUCUUGUAUCUCAUAAAUUUUGCCCCUUUUUUGUUUUAGUUCUUGUUUCAUCAUUUUUUUUUUUAAUUUCUGGAGUUCUGUUGUUGUGUUUCUGUGUUCUAAACUAGUUGUGGUCAUAGCAAUUUCUCAUAUUUAUAGGAAAGGAAUGGAAUUUUUAGUUAAUUCACGGUUUGGGGCUGAAUAAGAAGC